UGCUCUGCUGCUUUUCCUCCAUAUUUUGCCUCUUCCAUCCGCUCCAAAAAUAUUAUACUUACUUUCGUCAGUGAAUAAUACCUCUUCCCAAAAUUGUAUAUUCUCGUUUUCAUGUUUUUUUGCGAAUUCAAUUCUCUUAGAACGGUUGAUGUCACUGACUAAGGGUUUCUUCCACGACACAUGACUACGACAUCCAGAUUUUUUCAAGAUUCUUCGAAUAUUUUCAGGGUGUACUGUUUGUCCAAAAUCAUUUUCUACUUCUGCGGCUAUUUUUGGAGCACUUACUUUUGGAUCUUGGCGAAUAAUUUGCAGUACAGAUCAAACAUCUCUAUUAUUUAGGAUUUUAGGACGACCAUUACGUGUUUUAUUAUCAUAUUUACCAGUUGUUUUGAAUUUUUUUAUUAUGUGUUGGAUAGUAGAAUGUUUUUCUACCCACAAUGUUAGCAAUUUCACAUAGAGAUUUCUUCUCCUUAUAGAAUUUAAGAAUUAAUUCCCGCAUUUCAGCGCUUGUUUCUCUCCUAGAAGUACUCAUUGUCGCUAAAUGAUUAUUAGAUAUCUUUCAACUGAAUCACGACGUAAUGACAACGUAACCAAAACAUUAUCAGGGAAGCCCAGGCGUGUAUGUUUCAAAAAUUUACUAGAUUGACAUACAUAUUUUGGUUUUUCCUCAUUGUAUAAAAUAUGCUUUAAUAAAACAAUAAAUUUUGAUGUGGUUCAAUUAAUAAUAUCAUACAUAAUAAUAACUAAAUAUAAUAUUAUACGAAAUUGUUACUUAUUUUCUUUAAAAUUACUAUUUUAGGGGAGUGUACGAAGACUUUGGUGACUGACUGUAUGUGUGAAAAAUAUGACCAAUGAUUUAAAUUAAACAAAUCACGAAUUGGAAUAUUGAUGUUGUAUUUGAUUUACGAAAAAAUAUUGUAUCUCGAACAUUAUGUCGUUUAAAACUUGGAUUUGGAAGAACGUUCCUGGUAUCGCUGGCCGGUGCAAUGAUAUAAUUUAUUCCCGUUCAAUAUUACCACAGGGCCAGGACAUUCUUGUAUAUUUUGGGGGCGAUGUGCAGGAUAUUCAAGAAAAUAUGGAACAAUACACAGAUAGUAAAAAAUAUACAGAAUGGAGUUUAGAAAAUUCUGCUCGUAUACUUGCAACAAAUUUUCCUGAUAAACAUGUACUUGUUGUUCGACCAUCCAGGAAAUAUGUAUCAAGAAGUGCUGUGUACAGUUGUUUUGAUAAUUUUGUACCAUCGGAUGAGUAUGGCAUACCAUCUUUUACUGUGGUACAUAAUGCUUUAAAGCAUCUACAAGAAUUAAUAAAAUCUUCCUUAGAACAUUUUAAAACGAGCAACAUAGACGAGAACUCUGCUCAGUUUAAUAUGGAGAAAAUAAGAUUAUCGUUAAUGGGUUUCAGUAAAGGAUGCGUUGUAUUGAACCAAUUACUUCACGAGUUUCAUUAUUACCAAAAUAAAUCAGAGCCUGAUAUAGAGAUUAAUAACUUUAUAAAACUUGUCGAAAGUAUGUGGUGGUUAGAUGGUGGCCAUGCAGGUUCUAAGGAUACAUGGAUCACAGAAAAAUCAAUAUUGGAAUCUUUUGCGAAAUUAAAAAUAGAUGUUCAUGUAGACGUUACACCAUAUCAAGUUAAAGAUUCGCAUCGCCCAUGGAUCCGUAAAGACGAAAAUCGAUUUUGCAGUAUUUUACAAAAUAUGGGAAUACCUGUAGAACGAAUUUUGCAUUUUGCUGAUUUGCCGAGAAGUUUAACGAUGCAUUUUAAUAUCCUCAAGGUCAUUGGAAAUCGUUAGGUUUUCUACUAAAAACCAAGUACAAAAUUAAUCGGAUUUACUGGUCUAAAGGAAAUCUGAGUACUUUAUUUAAUAACCAAUUUCUAAUAGAAAUCACACGCAAUAA